GGCAUAUCCGCCCUGAACACAGCCACUCAAGGUCGUGGAGGCAGAUUCGACCUGGUACUAUUCGUUUCGUUUGUCAGAUUGUCUUAACAUUAUGUUUGUGUUAUUUCUGGUGGUUGUUAAUCGCUUACUCAAGCUAUCUCUUUUUUCUCCUAAAGGAACCAACAUACUGUUACGGGCACGGCCCAGAUAAGGUAUCUUUAGUCUAGACGACAACCCACCAAAGGCUGUGUUGCAUAAGGUUUUCACUCGUCCCGUCGUUUGACUCAGUUACGGUGGGAUUAAUCGACACGUGGGGCUGCAAUCUAGAUUGAAGAUUCCAUUUAUCAAUGAUCGGAUGGAGAAUUCGGCUGGGAAGUAAUUUGCUAUGACCUGUGAGACUUUUGAUUGUCCACGUAAAUUAUUCUAAAAGUCACUUUGAGUUAGAGAUGGGUUAGAAAAUGUACAUAUUUUUGACAAAAUGUGUGGGUUCCUUCAGUACAUUGGGAUGUAUUCCACAAGUUCCCAUGGUGGGACUAACUUGUGGACGACCUUUGAGCGACGCUAGACUGACCUUAAGAAUGUCCACCUAAUAUCUAGGACCAAACGAGGGUUAUAAACCUGUGUAAGGACUUAAAAUUAUGUUUUGCAGUUGGUGAUUAAGGUUAGGAAUUGAAUUUAGGGUCCUCAUCACGAACCGACAUAAGCUGUAAUGCCAAAACUCUAUUUAAGCAAAUGGAUGAGUGAGUUUCACGUUAAAAUCUGAGACCUAUUAUCUUAUACCUGAUUAGUUCGUCCAUAAAUCAUCAUCUCAUCGCUACCAUACUUUGCCAGUAAACUGUCCAAUCUAUGUAUGAAAACGGACAUUUUCGGCAAUAUAAAGUCAUUAAUAAAUAGUGCCUCAUACUCCUCCCUGGAAUUUCUUAAGUUUUGCUAACUUUCGUGUAUACAUUCUCUCAGGCCGUUUUCAGGGACUGUCGGUUCACGCGUUCAACCUGUUGAGCACACACAUGAGUCGACCCACCGAUAAAUCAUUCUCCAAGUGUUAUCUACUUCACGAGUAAAUAGCUGUCAUUCCAUCAUCCAUUUACACUGAAGAAGGCGAUCUUUAGUCAAAGUUAGUGUGUAACUUCUCACUUAGUUUGUGUGUUGUGUGAAGCUUUGAAUACAACUGGUGCUGAAUAGUGUUUACUAGCUAUGCCUCAUAUUAGCUUUCUUUUUUCUGCCGUUUAGACUGUCCACUUUUGGCUACAAGGUCGCAUACUUUGGUCCCUGGCCGAAUACUUAAUAACAUAAACUGACACUACACCUUGAAAUGCUUUCUAAGACACUUUUGAAGAGUAAUCAUAGUACGUUAGUUUUUUUAUAUACCUUGAUAAAAUUUUUACUACCAGCGCGUGUUUAUAUUUCGAAAGUUUAUUUCACGUUCUUACAGGUGGUUAUCUUUACUCACUAGUUUGUUCGACUGACAGUUGUAAAGUCCAAUUUUGAGCAUAAGAUCUGUAUACAUUUCCUAUCCCUUCAUAUGUUUUUCGUGCCCCAACAGCUGUCGUAAACAUAAUAUAUAAACAUAAUGCACACGGUCAUAGUUCACUGGGAUCUGUGAGAAUCCACAGAACUUUAAAAUCACACCCUAAAUUCAUAGAAAGAUUAAAUGAAUGUUAGACGUUGCUGCAAUGGCUCCGGUCUUAUACUGUCUCACAAACUACAGUUUGGAACUUCUUGAAUUCACUAGGACAGUCACUUUGUUUGGGAUUGAAUAUUUGAAUCUCAAAAUCCUUUUAUAGAAAGUGAAGCAAACUAUUGAAAAUGAUUGUAUGAAUACCACAAAUUUACCUAGAACAUUUGUAGUUCAAAUAAACGAUUUCGCAGUAGUUUACUUAAAAUUAAAUUCCAAAACGCUCGAAUGUAUUUUUGCUUGCACCUCCCUUCCCCUAUAUUUCACAACUCUAUUUCAUUAUUUGUGACACAUACUUACUUUGGUGCCCAGUUGUCCCGGUAUCUAUAUCCUUACCUGUUACUCUUGAUGGGGCACAGGUCGAUUACCAAUAAUCUCCAGCCAACUCUGUUUUUAGCCCUUCGGUCCAACUGUUGUCAAGUGCUACUCGUAGUCUUGACGUCCACCCCCAGACUUCAGUGACAUGUCCUUUGAUCUGCCCCCUUUCCUUUCGCCUUAGAGAUUUCAAGUUAGUGCUUGCUUUGUGGUGCAGUUUAGUAAUUUCCGUAAAGUGCGUCCUAUUCGCCUCGAGCGUUUUUCUGAUUUCCUCAGUUGAAAGAUCGUUUUCUUUACCUUGGAGUGCAGGUUAUUACUGAUGAUUUUUGGCUAAUGGGUUGAAGUAUCUUAUGUAAACAGUUGUUUGUAUAUACCUUUAAUAUUUUGGUUGUGAUGAUGGUAGUUUCAUCUUCAUACAAUGGAACUGUUUUAACGUUAUUGUUUAGAAUCCUAACUUCAAUCUUGAGUGACAGUUGUUUAGAGUUCUAGAUAUUCUUUGAUUGUAACAAUGUUUUGUUAAUUCGUGCUUUGACAUUAUUAGAUCCUCCUUGUUUAGGAAUGGAUUUCGCUAAUCUCUGUUACGUAGGAUUUUGAUCUGCUCACAAAUGGCAAGUAUACUAUACGUAAAUACUUCCUUGCAAUCGAGGAUGGGAUAGAUAGAAGACGUGUGUAGAUCAAUAGUAUCUAACCAAGGACUUCUCCAAAACAUUGUUGCUGCAUGGUGCAAUAAUCGAAUUAGUAGUACUGAGGUCAGACAUAGUUUACUAAGGAAGUGCAGACUGGUUCUUUAUUGACUGAAAUAGUUACAACACAUGUUAAACGUUACCUUUUUUGAUUUCGAUAUUUUCCAGUCAUAAAGUGUUAAUCAUUUUGUUGUUCUUAUUCAGAGUGUUGGGAGAUAUAUUUUAAUACAUUAUUGCGGUUUUAGAAACAUUUUUGUUCCUCAGGAAAAAUAUAAUUACAAGUGGAUCUGAGAAAAACAAACAAAACAACUAUUCACAUCCCAGUUAUUUCGAGAAUCCUUUAAGUUGUCCUGAUUAUUUUGGUCUUAAGAACUUGGUUAAUGUUACGGAUUUAUUCCAAGCUCGUGUUCAUUUGGGUCACCGAUCGGCGUUACGCAAUGAAUACAUGAAGCCAUACAUAUACGGUUGUAGACAAGGUGUAGACAUAAUUGAUCUACAACAGACAUGUUCUUUGAUGUUUGAUGCACUUAAUUUCGCGGCUCACAUUGCCUACCGUCAAGGAAUAAUACUUUUUAUGUACCAGAAUAAACAAAUGUUACCCUUAAUUGAAAGGACUGCUGAAAAUGUUGGCGAGUAUUCUUACUGCCGCAAAUGGGAAGGUGGGUUUUCACAAACUCAUCGGAUGUUUUUCAUGACUCUACCACAUUCUGCUGUACGAGAUGCGGCAAAGAUGCUCAUCCCAACAAUUGGUGUAGUUGAUACAAAUUCGGACCCCAGAUUAAUUAGCUAUCCUGUGCCCGGUAACGACGAUAGCCCUACAUCAGUACGUUUGUUCUGUGCGUUAUUCGCUGAAGCUAUUACAAGGGGCAAAAAGGCCGCUGCUCGAGACCGAAUAUUAAAGGAGCAGCUGGACCGCCAAUCAGAGUCAUCAGAUCGCGUGGGAACAUCAGCAAUCCCCUAA